AUGACCCUCCGUCGACGAUGCAUCCUCCUCUGCGUCCUUCUGGGCGGCGCCGUAUGCAUCUUCACCGUUUUCACUAUCACCGUCACCAUCGUUUCCGUCGCCGCCCUUCCCGCCAUUGCCCUUCCCGCCAUUGCCCUUCCCGCCAUUGCCCUUCCCGCCAUUGCCCUUCCCGCCAUUGCCCUUCCCGCCAUUGCCCUUCCCGCCAUUGCCCUUCCCGCCAUUGCCCUUUCUGUCCUCGCUCUUCCUGCCCUCGCUUUUUCCGCCCUCGUCCUUUUCGCCCUCUCAGCAGUUGGUUUCGGCGCCCUCGGGCCCGUUGCUGGCUCGUUCGCCGCCGCAUGGCAGGCGGCGACCGGCAACGUCGUCGCUGGCUCUCUCUUUGCGACCUUGCAGAGCAUCGCGAUGACUGGCGUGAUCCCACCCCUAGGAUACAUCAUUUCUGGAGGAGUCGUCAUUGCGGUCUUAGCCCUCUGGUCCAUUGUCUCAGCCCUCUGGUCCAUUGUCUCGGGAGUCGCUGGCGUCGUCGUUGCCUAUGGUCCGUCCUCCCCUGGAAACCACGGCGCCGGGAACAUAUCGACGCGGUGCGACGAAGCAUACGACGCCGUGAGCGGCGGCACCUACGCCUGCCCCAAGCCCGGCUGCAGCGACGUACCCGGCGAGGGAGAGUCCGCGUGCGGUCGUGGAGAUGAGGCGCUCGGGGGUGCGCACCAUGUCGAGCAGAACGCUGCGGGAAGCGGCCGGCGGGCCUGCGUACGCUGGCAAAUCCCCGGUCUUUCACGCACGAUUUGUCACAAAGGCGGGCAGGCGGGCUUACCUCGUGCGAGCGAGGCGGCGAGCAGCAGUGCGCAUAGCGCGCUGGCCGCCAUGGCGAAGAUGACGAACCUGAGCGGGAGGGCCAUGGGGGGCUGGACUGCGGUGGGAUGUGUUGUGUUGUGGUGUGGGGUAAUGCAGGGCACAGCUGAGACGUGCGACAGCGCCACAGAUGCGGUGGGGGCAGACACAUAUGUACCGGCCGGGGUCCUCCCACGAUGGGCAGCUCUUCUCGCACCAAUUGGCGGUCGUCGUUACCAUAUUCGUCCGCGCAGAAGCGUCAGCACGUCGUGUGGAACGGCGGCCUUUGACGUAGGUCUCGGAGGUGGUAUGGCUAUUUCCAGUGGUGGUCCACGAUGCGGGGGCACUUGUUGGACCAUCUUGGUACUGGAGGGUGCCCGGGGGCAGUCAUGA